AUGUCGGAACGGCCUCAAGGCAACCUCCUCCCGCUCAUUCGCGCGGGCCACGUCGUCUCCAUCUGGCACGACAUCGUCCUCUUCUCCCCCGCUCCCACCGCCGCCAGUCAACGCUCGUCCCGCAGCAAGCCAUCCGCGCCGCUCAACUUCAUCUGCACCGACACCUCGGGCGACCCUUUCGCCGAGCCCGACGCCGCGUUUCCCGUGAUUCUGGACAACGCGCCGUUGGAGGCGGUGGAGGUGGGCGCGAGGGAGCGCGACCCCGGCGACGUGUUCCCCGUGCUGCCGCUCCUCGCGCUGCCCGUGCGCCUGCGCCCGGGCCUGAAGUCGGAAGUUUCGUGGAAGCUGGUAGUGGUAGCGGCGGACGAUCCGCAAGUCGAGGCGGGGGAGACGGCGGUCGUCGCGGCGACGGCGCUGCCGCAAGUGAAGGCGUGGGCCGACGCGGGAGGGUUCACAACAGUCGGGCCGAACCCAUGGCGGAUUCUCGAGUCCCCGCAGCGCAGCGACGCGGACGAUUGGGAGAAAUCUGCGCGGAAAGCGCAGCGCGUGGUGCGCGAGGCGCACGACGUGUGGAGGCUGCUCGUCGCGACGCUGCGCCGGCCCUCGCUGCAGCGCGGGCACCGCGUGAGCGAGCGCGCCGUGGAGGGAUGGAAGGCACACGACGGGGUGGACGCGGGCGGGAAGGCCGGCAGCAGCAGCAGCAGCAGCAGCCGAAGCAACGAGAACAGCAGCCUACUUCAGCUACUUGCGCAACCCGCCAGCAGCAGCGGGAUUUUCGGUGGAGACGAAAACGGCGGGAGCUGCAGGAGCGGCGGGGGGAGUAUCGCCGGCGCGGAGCGCGUGUCGGGGGGAAAGGCGGGGAGUGAGCGGGGCGUGCUGUCCGCCGCCGCCAAGGCGGCAGCGGCGGCCGUGGGGGCGGCUCGUGGGCUUGCGCGACACAAGGAGGCGCGGGCGCAGGGAGGGGGCGAGGAGGAUGUUAGAGACGACCGCUCCGAUUCCACGGAGGGCGAUUCCGCCCAAGAUGAGCUUGCCGCCCAAGAUGAGUUUGCCGCCCAAGAUGAGUUUGCCGCCCAAGAUGAGUUUGCCGCCCAAGAUUAUAAUCCCGCCCAAGAUGAAUAUGCAGGGCAAGUUGACUAUGCAGGGCAAGUUGACUACGCAGGGCAAGACGAUUACUACGUUACGCUCGCGGGUGACGAGGAGGACGACGAGGUGGAGGAGGAGGGGGGCAGGGAACCCGAAGGGACGAUGCAGUUUGAACGAGCGGGGAGUGAGGGCAGCGGCGAGAGCAGCAGCAGUGGUGGCGGCAGGCACAGGCCCGUGCCCCAUCACCAAAGUUCGCCCGUGAGAGCAGCCGCUUCGCCGAAAGCCUUGCCGCUGAUGGGCGCUGCUCCGCGUGCACUUGUGCGGGGUGCCACGUGGAGUGCCGGCACGGGCAGCAGCGCUACUGGCGACGGGGGUGGUGGUGGGAGGAACACGUGGGCCGGGCUGGACUCCAUGCUUCGCAGCGCGCCCCUGAUAGUGCGGCGCAGCCGGUCGGGGCUGGAGGGCGGUGGCAGUGAGCAGCACAUCACCCCGAGAACCCGCAGCCUCGGCUCACAGGGCGGGGCAGCUGGUAGUGGUCGCAGUAGGGAUGGCGGCUCCCCUCCGUCUCCCGACAGCGAUGCUGCUGCUCUUGUGGGGUGCUACGGAGUGCUGAUAGGUCAUCGGCCAGACAGGUCGGUGGUGCAAAGGGAGGGGUUGGGGGAGGAGGACGUGAGGGAGCGGCAUGAGGCGGGGCAUGGGAUCAGGUGGUCCUUCACCCCUUCUCUGGUUCGGUCACGCACCGACCCUGACAGGUUCGGAGCAGGCCAGAGGAGGUACAGCCUGGACUCUGGCAGCAAGGGCAAGGGGUACGGGCGUGCAUCAAGCAGCGGGGGGUAUGAGCGACCCCGCAGGGGGUUGUCCCCUGGUGGGCGCUCUCACAGUUCCGCAGGCCCUGCCUCUCCUCACCAACAUGCAUCUGCUCUCACUCGCCGAUGGAGUGCCGCCGCCGCCCACCGCAUCUCCCUGAAGCACCUGUGGAGCCAGAGCGGGCGGGAUGCGUUGUCCUCACCCAGUGGUGCAGAGGGCAGAAGGAGCAGCUCCCAGGGCAGCCAGAGCUCCCAGGGCAGCCAGAGCUCUCGUAGUGCGCAUGCUGGGGGUGACACGGACGCAGGCCAAGGGGGUGUGGCGGGAGAAAUGCAGUGGCAGCACCAGGACCAUGCCACGCACCCUCGUGCUUCCUUCACUUCCCACGCUUCCCAUGCUGCACCCAUUCCCCAUGCUUCCCACACUACACCCAUUUCCCAUGCGUCCCAUGCUCCUCACACUUCACCUGCUCCCCAUGCUUCCCAUGCCUCCCACUCUCCCCACUCUUCCCAUACCUCCCACGCUCCUCACUCUCCCACGCUUCCCAGUCUCUCCACACCGCCCACUCUCCCUACGCUUCCCAGUCUCUUCACAUUGCCCACCCUCCCCACGCUGCCCACACUUCCCGUACCAUUUUCCAUGUUUCACACGCAUCACUUGAUUCGCACCCUUUCCGCAAUCCCAUGCGGACCAAUAUUAGGCGCACUUCAUCAUACGAGCACGCAGGCACUCAGCAGGCAGCAGCAGUUCAAGGCAUGCCUCGGGAUCCAGGGAGACGGGUUCUUGUAA